AUGCUUCCAGCUGCCACCCGUGAAGGCCCAGUGCGGUGGAAUACGCUGCUGCACGACUUGUUGCACGACGUCGGAUUGGCCCCCACUCCCGCUGUGGUGACAUCACUUAACGCCCUCACGUCGUAUGCGGCAUCCCCACUCACUCUCUACAGCGAUCCCGUCACGGGAUCCCGCGCCGUGAAGUUGCACAGCUCUCUCUUGCUCGCCCUACACAUGACAACAUCCUCGUGGCCAACUGAGCUGGUGGAGAAACUUGCAUUACCUUCUGUCCAUAUAGGGGAUCGCAACGUUUCCGUGAGUGGUCCAGCGAUGGAGAUGUUUGUUCUUUUUUACAACGCUGCUGUAACUAACUGUAAUGCGGGCAUUGCAUUCAUGGAGCGCGUGCAUGCCCAUUAUGCCCGCAGUUUGACGCCCAGCUCCUGUCCGAGUGCCUCCCUCAACGGGGACACCAGAGCCGCGUUUAAGAGUUUUCAACUAGGGGCUGAAAUUGCGACGUACGGAGAGCAAGCGCUGGCGGAGGAAUCGGACAAACUGCUUUCAGCGACUGACUGUUACCUCGUUCAGACGCACUUUGAUUUUCGUACUCUCCGUGAGAUGGCAGAAUUAUGUAUGGCUGUUGCAAAGUACGUGCACGCCGCCACCUCCGGUAAUUUCUCAGAGAAACACGACUCACUUGCGAAGCUCGCCCACAAGGCAUACACGGUGAGGCUUCCCUCGGCCUACACCUCGGAGUCUCUUCGUUUCCUGCCGGCGUUGCUUCUUGCGGCGUACCACCGUCACCGGGCAGAGCACUACAACAAAGCAGCGAAGGUUCCGGACAUGUCACUUGUUCUUGGACACAUUACGUAUGCCAGAAAACUUGUCAACAACGUGGAGCUGGAGUUCAUGAACAGCAUUGCGUCAUCAUCGUCCUCCAAUAAAAAUAUGAGGCCGAGCGGUGGCUGGCAGCUGCUUGGACGUUUGAGUGCUACUAUUUUAGGUACUAGAGCGUCCAAGAACGAUGCUGAAAUGGAUGAUGACAGCUCGCCAGAACAGUCCUUUAGAAAACUUGCGGAGAUGCUAGAGGGGUCGGAUUUGCUGAGGGUCUUUCCACUUGCCCACAUUCUCCUUCGCGAAAUCGCCGCGCUCUAUGAGAAGUACCAACAUGAGAACAGUGUUGUGUACUACAUGCGACCGGCGAAAGAGAAGGACGUGAUCGCCGACGCGCCCGAAAUAGAGCCCUUGGACCGCACCGCCACUCCUCCCAAUUUUGUACCUCUGGCCAUUCAACUCUCAGCAGACGUGACAAAAUUUGACGAGCUACCUGCAGUGGAAAAGUUGCGGGAAAUGUUACUGCAACGGGAGGCAGCCCGUGAGAUGCGGGAAGGGGUGCAGAAGCAAAUUGAGGAGGUACAAGAGCUUGUUCAUAAAAUGGAAUUGGCGUUGGUGUUGCCGUCGAAUGUGGAAUCAGAUUUAGCUCGUCUCGAGGGGCUGUUGUAUAAGAAAAAAGGGAUCAUUGUGACGCUUGACGAACGGUUUGAAGAAGCAUACGAGUCUGUCUCACGUGCCCUGGGGCGGUACGACAAUGCAAAUGAAGAUUUGUCUCGUGCCAAGGGUGAGUACUCUGGCAAGAGCGUCUCUGGUGUGGGGGAUAGCACCUUGCUGAAUCAGCGUGAACGAGCCUGGCGCAGGAAGGCAGAUGCCGUACGCGCUGCGUUUGUGAAGGAGCUGCCAUUUUUUGGUGAUGUGGCGUUGCGGGAGACCCUGUUGCUUCCUGGUGGAACGGGGCUGCGUUUGUGCAUAACACAAGCAAAGCUCGCUGUGGCAAGGGCGAAGGAAACGCUUGCGUGGGACGCUACUCCCAGUGAUGCCUUCGCCGUUCACUUGGCAGAGUUGAAAGAAGUGAGGAAAGAAUCUGUCGCUGCGCUCGAGCAGAUGGUCCCACUCUGCACAGAGAGUCGCUGGGAGCGUGUUUCUCGCGCCCUAUCCGAUGCGGCGGAGGUCAUCACCGCGGCAGAGGAAUUUGUGGAGACGACGGAGAAUGAGGUACGGAUGGCUGAGACGUUGAAGAGCCGCGCCGUCCCUGCAGCCCAGCGCCUCCCGCAAGGUGCAUGCGUCUUCUCCCAAGGGUUGCGACAGCAGCAGCAGAUGCACAGCACUUCUCCGUCAAUGCGGGCGGGAAGGCGCGUCAAGCGUGGUUUAUCGCCGGAGCUGCAGAGCGACGAGGAGGAAAAAGAGGAAAAAGAAGAAAAAGAGAGUGGGAGAAAAUUAGCUGAGUUGCCAAAGCCGCCGCGACAAAGAAGAGCCGAACAGCGCCGAAAGGUGAGCAGAAAAACAGAGCGGCAGACGGAGGAUGAGGAGGAGGACCGCUCGCCUCCUUUGCUGCCGAGGACGGGAAAAGGAACAGCGCGCAAUGCGAAUGCGACUGAAUUGGCCGGUGGCAAGGAGGAGAUAAGAGUCCCCGAGGCGAUUGCUUCUGCAUCGCUUCUUCAGCGCCUUCGGCUUCGACAACAGGAAUUGGAAGGGGAGGAGUAG